AUGUCGCAAAAGAUCUACACUACCGGGUGCAGCUCCUGGUACACCGACCCAGACACAGGCAAAGUCACUGCCUUGGCUCCUUGCAGGCAGUUUACAUGGCGAAAGCGGUGCAGGUUCCCCGUGAUGAGCGAUAUGAUCUACGACGGAGUGAAGUCGAAGCCGCUCAGCUACCUUCCGUGGAGCCAACAGAUUGGCAUCAUGCUUGGUCGAGGCCAAAUCCCAGACCACACCACUCAGAGCAACUUUGCGGCUCCCUUCCGAGCAUGCAAGCUCUAUCUCGACAUGAAGGUAUUUCAAGCCAUUGCCUGGUUCUUCGACACCAUCGUCGAGUGGGACUUCCCUGACCACGACAAAUUCGAAACCUUGGCCGGCAAAAAGUUGUCGUGA